AUGGCUGUCACGAAGCUUGGUCCCUCUAUUCACAUCACUCAUAUCGGUACGGCAACCGCCAUCAUCCAGAUCGACAACCUGACAAUCCUCACCGACCCGUACUUCUCCCCGGAAGGCACAGAAUGGAUUGGCAGGUCCGGCGCCAGACUGGUCAACUCAUACCAACCGCCCCUUGGCCUCGAGGAUCUGCCACCGAUCGACCUCAUCCUCCUAAGCCACGAAGAUCACAAAGACAACCUGGACGAUUUGGGCCGUCAGCUCCUAAAUGGAAGACACGUCUUCACCACAACUGAAGGCGCCCGCAAUCUCGCUCCCAGAAGAGGCGUACGUGGAAUGAAGCCGUGGGAAACGACAACUUUGCAAAUUAGCGGCGGCCCACGGUAUGAAAUCACCGCCACGCCUUGCCAGCAUCUUCCCGGCGGAGAAUGUCUCGGUUUCAUCAUCACCGCGGAGCAUUUCGGUAUGACAAACGGAAAGCGCAAUGCCGUGUACUUUUCGGGAGAUACGGUCUAUAUAGAGGAGCUUGCGCGGAUCAAGAAGCUCUUCCACGUUUCUGUUGCUCUGUUCAGUCUUGGAAAGGCCACGGUUCCCAGGCCUGGGGGCGGCACGCUUCAGAUUACGAUGGAUGGGAGACAGGCUGUGCAGCUUAUGCGGGAUAUUGAGCCAGAUGUUGUGAUUCCGCUCCAUUUUGAAGGAUGGAGUUUGUUUAAAGAAGGGAAGGAUGGGAUCGAAGAGGUGGCGAAGCAAGAGGGUGUUGAGGACAGGUUCAAGUUUCUGGUUCCGGGGGUCAGUACCAAGAUAUUGUAA